AUGGUAUUUACUCGUAGGACAGUCGAGGGUUAUGACGCUUUAAAUGCUAUGCUAAAGCAAACAAAAGAUCGAGUCAUCAUUCUGUUUUCUGGUUCAAAAGAUGGCAACAAAAGUUGGUGUCCAGAUUGUGUCCAAGCAGAAUCAGUUAUUGAAAAGAUUAUUUCUGAGAUGGCGCAUUCGAAUGAUUUGGAUCUUACCUUUGUUGAAUGUACUGUAGGAUUCCGAUCAUACUGGAAGAGUCAAACAAAUCCAUUUCGAAUCGAUGAAAGAUUUAAAUUGACAGAAAUCCCUACAUUAAUGGACUAUAACAAUAAGGCUAAGAAACUGUCCGGUCAGCAGUGUGCUGAGGAACGACUGGUUCACGAAUUGUUUCUGGAAGAAUAA